AUGAAUAUAAAUUCGAUAUUAUUUCUUCUGCUCAUUACUCAUACAAUCGCCAAAAUGUACACUGAAGAUUAACUCUAUAAUUGCAAAAUCCCUCUUUAAAAAUAGUAACAUAAUGAUUAAAAACUUAAAUUACAUCCAAUAGAUUGUUGGAUUUUCAUCUUACUAUGUAUAAAAUAAAUGUAUUAACAAAGCUCCCGUAACUUUUUUUGGAUCCUCAAGAAUAAUAUACCAAUUUCUAAAGAACACUAAACUGUUUGGAAUCCCUGGAGAUAGUGUUUUUGUUAUUACAAUAACCAAUGGCAUUGAAAGUGCUGCCUAGUUUUCAACGGCCAUCUAUGUGCUUGUAACUAAUGAGGCUCCAAUGUAGAACGCAUUUUGCGAGGUAAUUGCAAAAAUAAAAUAGAUUACAGGACUCGCAACUUCAAUUGUUUUUAUGAUUUCAAAUCUUAACAUAUUUGUUUAUGCUGCCUAUCCUUUGGCCUUAAUUUACAAUGCAUUAGAAUCAACAGCCAGAAUCUUGAGAAUUUUCAACUAUUCGCUUCUUGCCUUAAUUCUCUUGAUUGUUAUAUUAGGAGAAAAAAUAGUGUCCACUACUUUAAAUGGGUAUCAUAAAUUUAAUUUAGAAUAUGUGCAAUAUCAGCUACUGAUAGUGUAACUUGGGAUCUCAUAAUCUCACUCAGCUAUUUAUUUGUUUUCCUUUUAUUUGCAACCAUGUCCGUUCUUUAUGCUAUAACCUUUAAAAAGUUGAUUCCGAAGUUCUCAACAAUGAGACAAGCCAGAGGUUAAUACCUAAGAUAUUACUAAAUGUUCAUAGGGUUUAGUAUAAUUAUGAAAUUACUACUUGGAAUCUUUAGUGCAAUUAAUUUAUUAAAUUGUUACAUAUUUCUUUAGGCUUGGUUAUAAGUUUCUGGAACUUUACAAAACAUCACUCAAGCUUUGUGCAUACUUGGAUAAACUAUCAUCAUUUUCAAAGAUCCAUCACUUAAUUUGCUGUCCAGCCAUUCUUAAACAGCAGAUAACAACAUAGUCAAUGAUAAUUAAGAGAUCUCUUUAUAACGUAACUUUGAUUUAUUAAUGUAGAAUUCAAUGUUUUAGAAUAAUUACAUAAAGAAAUGAAGAAAACUUAAGUAACCUCAAUGUUGGCUGGAGUUCAAAUACUUAGAAGACAAAAAUAAGAAGAUGUAAUCUAAUACAGAGAUCUGGUUAUUACUGAAGAUUAAGAUGGGAGUGGAAGCAAUUCCAGUCAAGGAGACUUAAGUGAAUUAAUGGAAGCCAUUUCCCAACCCUUUACAAUUGAAGAAAUAGAAGAAUGUUUAGUCACCAACUUAAAUAAUUAAGUGUUAAAAGAGAAAUUGAAUAUUGACUAGGAAAUUGAAGUAUUCUCUAUGCGAUGUAUACUUUAUGCACCUAAGAUUUUCAACUAUUUCAUUACUAUAGAUAACAUAGAUAUUGAUGAUUGCUUUGAUUUAAUCAAGAACUCUUCUAAAAUUGAUCAAUUUACAGGACCAGAUGGAGGCAAAAGUGGUGAAUUCUUCUUCUUCUCUUAUAAUAAUCAACUGAUCAUCAAAACUAUGAGGCAAAGUGAAGUGAACACCUACAAAAAGAGACUCUACAAUUUUGCUACCUAUCAAGUAAACAAUCCUUUGUCUUUACUCAAUAAAAUUUAUGGAAUGUAUACUUUUGAAAGAGAAGAAUAAUCUAAUUCAAGAGUACAUUUUCUGAUCAUGAAAAAUAUUUCAUUAGGCAUCCCAAGAAGUUAAAUUCUGAGAACAUACGAUAUGAAAGGCUCUGAAUAUGAUAGAGAAGUACUAAUUAAGAAACCUUCAAGUGAUCUCUCAUAGAUGACCUUAAAGGAUAUUGAUUUCUUUAAGAUUGAACAACAAUUAUGGAUUGAUGAAUCGAUUUACAAAAGUUUUGUUUAAUUCUAUUUUUAGAACUCAAUCAAUCUCUAAUUAAUGAUUCAAUAUUUUUAGAAAAAUAAAAAUUGAUUGACUAUUCCCUUCUUGUUAUGAUUAUCGAUUGGGAUUAGAAAGAAAAUGAAUUGUAAAAGCAUUUGGAUGGUCAAAAAAUGAACAUUAUCCCAUCUAUCAAAGAAAAAGGAGUAUAUUAUAUUAUUAAUUAGAUAUAUUAUCAUAUUGCCAUUAUCGAUUACUUGUAAUAAUGGAAUGUCAAUAAAUCUUUAGAAAGAAAAACAAAAAAGAUUAUUACAAUGAAUAUCCAACUAGAUACUUCAGCGCAAGAACCAGAUAUCUAUGGAAAAAGAUUCUAAGAAAAAUUAAUUAAUAGAAUAGUUCCUUUGAAAUGA